UAUCGUGGGCCCCCUUCCGCUUGUGGGACAGAUCGAUAACUUACUGCAAGUUGAGUAAUGGGCUAUGCAAGCUAUUUACCCUGAUUCCAGGAGGAAGAAGGGAAAGAGCCUACUGAGUGCUGCGAGGGGAGCUCAGGCUGAAGUCAGGACCUGGUGAGCACAGGGUCACUGCCCACACAGGGGAGGAGCAGGCGACUGAGCAGUGGUGGGUGGAGUGGUAGGGCCUCCCUGGGGCUGGUCCCGGAGACAGAUGGUUAGGCUAUCGGUGGACCGGCACAAGUGCUACAAUCUCUGCAGAUCUGGAAAAGAUCCGGUCCUGGACAGGAAGCCCAGGUCAAAAACCUCUACUGAGUCCCUUACUCACGCUCUAAUCCUAAGGAAGGUGCUCGUGUCAUUCAAGACUCACUGGCCAAUCAAAGCCUCCAGUCGUACCAAUCAGAAUAGGAGGCGGGAUCUUCUGCGACCACGCGGCGUUUUCUUCCCAGUAGCUGCACGGGCUCGAAUCCUCUGUCCUGCAACUGGAUGCUGUGGGGCGCGCUCAGGCAGGCUCUGCAGUUGUGGCAUGGAUGCAGUGACCUAUGAUGAUGUGCAUGUGAACUUGACUCGAGAAGAAUGGGCUUUGCUGGAUCCUUCACAGAAGAAUCUCUACAAAGAUGUGAUGCUGGAGACCUACUGGAACCUAACUGCUGUAGGCUACAAUUGGGGAGACCGUAAUAUUGAAGAAUAUUGUCAAAGUUCCAGAAGACAUGGAAGGCAUAAAAGAAGUUCUACUGGAGAGAAGCCCUCUGAAUAUACUCAGUGUGGUAAAGCCUUUGCAUGUCACCGGUAUCCUCAAAGGUGUGAAAGAAUUCAUACCGGAGAGAAACCCUAUGAAGGUAUUCAAAAAGGUGAAUCCUCUGCACAUCACAGUAGUCUCCAAAUGCAUAAUAUAAUACCUGUGGGAGAGAAACCCUACAAAUGUAGUCAGUGUGGUAAAGCCUUUUCACAACAGAGUCAUCUUCAAAGACAUAAAAGGACACAUACUGGAGAGAAACCCUACAAAUGUGAUCAGUGUGGUAAAGCCUUUUCACAACAGAGUCAUCUCCAAAGACAUAAAAGGACACAUACUGGAGAGAAAACUUACAAAUGUGAUCAGUGUGGUAAAGCCUUUGCAUAUCCUGGUCAUCUUCGAAGACAUGAAAGGAUUCAUACUGGAGAGAAACCUUACAAAUGUAAUGAAUGUGGUAAAGCCUUUGCAGUUAGCACUAAUCUCCGAGUACAUAAAGCAACACAUACUGGAGUGAAGCCCUACAAAUGUAACGAAUGUGGUAAAGCCUUUGCACAACACAGACAUCUCCAAAUGCAUAAACUAACACAUCCUGGAGAGAAAACUUACAAAUGUGAUCAGUGUGGUAAAUCCUUUGCAUAUCAUGUGUUUCUCCAAAUGCAUAAAGUAACACAUACUGGAGAGAAAACUUACAAAUGUAAUCAGUGUGGCAAAGCCUUUGCAUAUCCUUCUCGACUUCGAAGACAUGAAAGGAUUCAUACUGGAGAGAAACCUUACAAAUGUAAUGAAUGUGGUAAAGCCUUUGCAUUUAGCACUAAUCUCCGAGUACAUAAAGCAACACAUACUGGAGUGAAGCCCUACAAAUGUAACGAAUGUGGUAAAGCCUUUGCACGACACGGUCAUCUCCAAAUGCUUAAAGUAACACAUACUGGAGAGAAAACUUACAAAUGUGAUCAGUGUGGUAAAGCCUUUGCGUAUCAUAGUUAUUUCCACGUACAUAAGAGAACUCACACUGGAGAGAAACCCUAUGAAUGUGAUCAGUGUGGUAAAGCCUUUGUAAGUCAUCGUUAUCUCCAAGUACAUAAAAGAACUCACACUGGAGAGAAACCCUAUGAAUGUGAUCAGUGUGGUAAAGCCUUUGCACAUCAUAGGAAUCUCCAAGUACAUAAAAGAAGUCACACUGGAGAGAAACCCUAUGAAUGUGAUCAGUGUGGUAAAGCCUUUGUACGUUAUGAGCAUCUCCAAGUACAUAAAAGAAUUCACACUGGAGAGAAACCCUACAAAUGUAGUCAGUGUGGUAAAGCCUUUUCACAACACAGUCAUCUCCAAGGACAUAAAAGGACACAUCAUGGAGAGAAAACUUAUAAAUGUGAUCAGUGUGGUAAAUCCUUUGCACAUCAUGUGUUUCUCCAAAUGCAUAAAGUAACACAUACUGGAGAGAAAACUUACAAAUGUAAUCAGUGUGGCAAAGCCUUUGCAUAUCCUGGUCAUCUUCAAAGACAUGAAAGUAUUCAUACUGGAGAGAAACGUUACAAAUGUAAUGAAUGUGGUAAAGCCUUUGCAUUUAGCACUAAUCUCCAAAUACAUAAAGCAACACAUACUGUAGUGAAGCCCUACAAAUGUAACGAAUGUGGUAAAGCCUUUGCAUAUUAUGGUUAUCUCCAAGUACAUAAAAGAAUUCACGGGCUGGAGAGAUGGCUCAGCGGUUAAGAGCACUAAGUGCUCUUCCAGAGGUCAUGAGCUCAGUUCCCAGCAACCACAUGGUGGCUCACAACCAUCUGUAAUGGGAUCUGAUGUCCUCUUCUGGCCUGCAGUCACAUAUGCAGGCAGAAUGCUGUACAUAAAAUAAAUGAAUAAAUCUUUAAAAAAAAGAAUUCACACUGGAGAAAAACCCUACAAAUGUAAUCAAUGUGGUAAAGGCUAUUCACAAUCAGGUCACCUCCGAGUGCAUACAAGAACACAUACUAGCAAGUAACCCUAUGGAUGUAACCAACGUGGUAAAGUCUUUACAGGUCGGAAUGAUCUUCAGAGAUAGGGUGGUUUGAAUAUGCUUGGCCCAUAGGUAGUGGCACUAUUCGGAGAUGUGGCCUCUAAGGAACUGUGCACUGUGGGGCUGGACUUUGAGAUCCUAUGCUUAAGCUCCACCCAGGGCAGAAGAGUCUUCUCCUGGCCGCCUUCUGAUCAAGAUGUAGAACUCUCGGCUCCUACAGCACCGUGUUUGCUUGGACACUGCCAUUCUUCAGCCUUGAUGAUAAUAGACUGAAUCUGUACACCACCCACCAAUUAAAGGUUGUCCUUUAUAAGAGUUGCCUUGGUCAUAGUACAUUUUCUCAGCAAUAAAAUCCAAAUUAAGACAAAAGGCAUAAAAGAUAUUACACCAGAGAGACCCCCUGUGAAAGUAUUGGAUAUAGCGAAGCCUUUGCACAUUUCUGUAGUCCUCACUAAAGCAGAAGUAUUCACACUUCCAUUCACUGAAACCCUGUGAAUGGAAGCAGUGUACAGCCUUUGCCCUUCACAGUUAUGUCUGGAUGCACAAAAGAACCCAUACUGGAGAAAAACCUUAUGGAUGUGCUCAGUGUGGUAAAGUCUCUGUGUUUUGAAAUCUGCAUAGAUCCAUAACACUUCAAUGACCUGGUCAAAGUAAAGGCCAAGGGUUUGAUGUAGUGAGGCCGGGUGGGUUAGAAGGUUAGGGUUUAAUGUGGUUGUGGUUACAAAGUUAAGGGUUAGGGUUAGAGGGUUAGGGGGAUAUGAUUAGACGGUCAGGGCUGAGGCUGAGCUUAGGGGCAGGUUAGGGGUGGAAGGGCAGUUCCGGGUCAUGGUUAGGUUAGUGUCAGGAGCCAACAAGCUAAUAACUGGCAGGUGAUCUUCCUGAGAUGGUCUGCCUUGGUUAUAAUAAUCCAUUUCAGAUUUGCUCCCGUAGUCAGGGCCCAGGAGAAAACCACUCUAGGAAAGAUUCCUGCUAUUAAUAUGCUUUUCCUGUCAUUAAACAUAUGGGACAAUCACUAGGUAUUAGCCCACCAUUUUGAGCAGCUCUCUGCACAUUUAUGAAGAUUUUCUGUCUUGCAGUGAGGCUACAUAGAGAGAUAGAUGAUUUCUUGAUACUUAAUGAUGAUCCUAUAAGAAUUCCUGAAAUUAUAUCAGUAUUUGUUAAGAUAUUUUAUAGCAGGACUGCUAGUAAGUCAGUUCUGAUAGUCAAAACAGCAAUGAGAGCUCUGCCAGUUCCCCACGUGUUAGCGGUUCGUGGCUUCUAGAUGGCAGUCAGAUUUUCUACCUCUCAGAGCACAUUCCAAGAGGUUGUAAAACCGUUCACCAAAAGUCAUCAAAAGGAACUAAUGACUUAUUUUAGGACAGAAGAUAAGAUAUUGACUGAGCUUAUCUAUACAAAACUUCACCAAUAACUUAGUUACUUGGUUUUAAAAUCUUGAUGAGCCUGUGGAAGCUGAGACAGUUGAUGAACGUUUAGCCAGGUAAUUUCUCCUAAUGGAUAUGCAUGUAAACAUUCACUGAUGUUAGCUUUUUAUUCAAUGUCUGAUUUAAAUUUCUGUGUAAACUUGUGCUCAACUCUUUAACAUGCGUUCUUCUAUUCUGAAAGAUGUAUAAGUGCUGAGGACAAAGAGAGGAGAGCGAAAUAUUUUCCCUUAUGCCCCUUUUUCAUUCAUUCUGUUUUCCCCCUUUUGCUUAGAGAGCUUUCAUAGGAAACAUUUUACAACUUAGUAAUAAAUGCUAAAAUCAC